AUGUUACAUUUGACUCUGUUUCCACUCUUGAAACUGCUGAAAGUUUUGUGCUUUUUAGAUUUCCAGAGUUAUGCAAGACCUCUGCGUCUCCUUCCAGCAGAAGAAGUGAAAGUUUACAGUGCAAACCCAUCUUUCACUGUGAGCGAAUCUCGAUCUCUUUACAAGGUUAAGCUGCAGACAAGUAGUUUAUUGGGUUCAGGCAUUAGCGAUAUGAAUGCUAGAGUUCUUAUAUGCUUGAUAGACCAAAGGGGAGAUUCGGUAUUACAGACGAUACCUGCGAAUUUGUCAAGUGAGGUCACGGAAGAUGGUGAAAGCUUCAAUUUUCAGAGAGGCUCCCUUGAUGAAUUCGCAUUUGAAGGACCUAGACUCGGCAAAAUCAGAGCUUUUUGGAUUAGUCUCGAGUCUGGUCAAUGGAGAGUUGGAGGAGUGAGCUUGUGGGUGGCUUAUCCUCGCGGCCAAGGAACUGUUCUUCGAGAGACCAAUGACUGUGACCGAUAUGAUUUUGAAGUCGAUGACAUCUUGCUUGGGGAGAGCAGUGAGCUAUCAAUGGUGGAACUCAGACCUACCCGUAUCACCGAAGUCGCUGGCUCCGAUCAGAUCUCUUCGUCUUCAGCUCUGGAUCUUGACCGUACAAUCGUUUCCAAGGAGCAAAGCAUGGAGGAGUACGCAGACCUGAAGCUCUCUCUGCUUCUCUAUGACGCAAUUCUCAUCCUUGUUGGAAGUUCUGUCUUUUCCUUCUCGCUAGGCCAAAGCUCCGCCGUUGCUUUCUUCUUCGGUGGAACUAUGGGAUUUCUCUACUUGCUGCUCCUACAGAGAUCAGUCGAUGAACUGCAAGCACCGGGAUCAUCUUCACCCGAAAACUCCAGUCAAAUCCUCAGCGGAAGACUCAAGAUUCCGGUUUUGAGUCUCGCAUUGGCAGUAGGAUUGUCGAUUUUAGCGGUUAGAGGAUACAUUGGAGAAGAUCACACUGCGUUUGUAGUCACGCCAAAAGAGAUUUUGGUGGGCACUUUGGGGUUUCUUGUGUGCAAAGUAGCCGUUGUUUUGGCUGCGUUUAAGCCCUUGAAGGAGGAUGGGUCUUAA